AGGGAACCCAGGAGUCUUCAGCCCCAUCCUGCUCUUACAGCUGGUCAGCCGCCAGAAGGAUGAAGGUGAUCCUGGCUACCCUGGUCUUCCUCCUCAUUCUUGCUGUCCUCCACUCUGAGGCCAAUGAAGAACCAGUUAAUAAAUUAACCUCCCAUCUGUGCUGUUUGACCUACAUCUCACGGAAGGUCCCACUCCGGAUUGUGAAAGGUUAUGAUAGGACCAGUGACCAGUGCCCCACCCCAGGGGUCAUCUUCCUUACCCAACAGGGCCGACAGAUCUGCGCCAACCCCAAUGUUGCCUGGGUGCAGAAGUACAUCAGAUACCUAGACCACGCGUCUAAGUUGUCUGGGAGCACUGGGGCCCGCAUGGCCGAGGGAGUUUGAGGAGACGCCUUCCCUCCCCAACUCUCUCAGCCCCAGAAGGUCCCUGGGAGUUGUCCUGGUCCAAAUUGAAACUCUUUCUUGCUUUUCUGUGCUCCCAUUCUCUAAUGAAUCCUGCUCUUUCC